UAUGAAAACCCUCGUUACAUCAUGUUCAUCUGUAUGGUCGUGAACGACGCGCUGCAGCUCACCCUGGUCACCGCCCUCUACGUAGUCAGUUACAUCUUCAGGAAGAUUCACGCCUCCGUCUGCUGCUUCCUGAUCAUGACUGCAGUCCUGACCACGCGCUCCACACCACUCAUCCUGGCCGGCAUGGCCCUGGAGCGCUACAUCGCCAUCUCCUUUCCCCUGCACUACAGCCAGAUGUGCACGGUCCCGCGCACCCUCCUGCUCAUCUGCAUCAUCUUCCUCCUCACCGCGGCCCCGCCUGUUACUGACCUCCUCAUCACUGUCGUCAAGGAGCCCCCGAGGUUUUUCCACACCUCCAUUUUCUGCGACCACUCGCUCCUCUUCCGCGACCGCUCCAUCUAUUACAAGAACUGCGUGUUUGAUGGGAUGUACCUGUCCUGUGUGGCACUGACGCUGAUCUACACCUACUGCAAGAUCAUGAUGACGGCACGGGCUGCGUCAGCGGGCCUCGCCUCAGUGAAGAGAGCCAGGAACACGGUGCUACUUCAUGGCGUGCAGCUGCUGCUGUGCAUGCUCGCCUUUGUGGUUCCCUCCCUGCAGGCGGCGCUCAUCUCCCUCUUCCCGCACCUCAGUCUGGAGAUCCGCUACAUCUUCUUCCUGCUCGUCUACAUCAUCCCUCGCUUCCUCAGCCCCAUCAUCUAUGGUUUUCGUGACGAGUUGUUCAGAAAGUACUGGACCCGGGACCUGGUGUGCCGGAGCCACAGUAUCAGGCCCAUGUAAGUCAAAGUGAACGUGAAGGUGACAUGAGCGCAUGUCCAGAUAUCUGACUCUCAAUAAAAAUAUACAAAGAUCAGUCAA